ACAAAUAUCUUUUAGAGAUACCAAGUUACACAGAGCAUAUGUACUCAGUCACAUGUUCUAGGUAAUUAACAAUGACAGAUCCAAGAUUUAAACUGAGUUAUAUAUGUUCUCACGGUAUAUAUUCACAUAUAUGUAGGAUUUUAUCCGACAAACUAAGUCCUGCUAAAUCUGCAAACUCAUUGAGAUUUAAACGGCUGUGGGUUUCGAGUUGAAAGACUAAGUUCUAAAAUGUAUAUCUAGCUCCAUUUAUACUUGAUUCAAAAAUGGUCGUCCAUAAGUCAAGUUGAGAGUCAAGAGUCCAUAUAUUCUGUAGUGAAGCAUUGGUAUUGUCACGUGUGCAGAAGCUCCCAUGUCUCAACAGGCAAGAGUUGAGGUCCCCAUUUUCACCUUGAUGGUCUAAUCUAUAAUAUAUAUUGCUGAAUUGUCUGAAUAUGACUGGCUUUACUUUCGAGUAAAUGCACAUAAAAUGCGGUGGACUCUUCUCUAGAUACAGCUGUAUUGUAUGGUUGUUGCUCCCCAUUUAUUUGCUUUCCUUUUUCAUAUACUCAUUAAUUACUUGCAUACCAUUUACUCCAUUACCCGUUAUAAUUAAUCACCACCAGAUCUUUUUUUUUUUUUACUUUCCAAAAUUUUGUGCUUGUGGUUUUCCUCCUUAAUAUCCUAAUGACAACUACGUUUCUGUAGAAAAUAAUCCACACUUGUGAAUAUGGGUGCAUACAAGAUUGUUGUAAUCUCUCUCCUGCCCUAAAAAAAUCAUUUUUGUAUGUCUCACAAGGAUGGAAACUUUUCCUGCAGCUUCCAAAUUGCAGUUCAUCAAGAGAAAUUUCACGCAGAUCUUCACUCUCUAAUGUUUUUUGUUGCAUUUCUUCUCUACAUUAUCCUUCUUCUGCCAGUGCUGAAUGCUGAAUCAACAAAUGCAGAAUUUUCAGCACGUUUGCUUGAUUCAGUACUUCAAGAUUAUGCUUUCAGAGCAUUUGUUAGGCCAAGAACUGGGAUUCCUUACAAUGGCAAUGUGCCUUCCAAUUUCAGUGGUAUAAAAGUUGGUGCUCUGAGGCUGAGAAGUGGAAGCAUGAGGAGAAGGGGUGUUAGCAGAUAUGAAGAAUUUCAUAUCCCAAUUGGUGUUUUGGAGCAGCCUUAUGUAGAGAGGCUUGUUUUAGUAUAUCACAAUUUAGGCAAUUGGUCCAGUUUGUAUUAUCCUUUACCUGGUUACACUUAUCUAACACCAGUUUUGGGUAUUUUAUCUUAUGAUGCUUCCAAUUUAUUAGCUAAAAAUCUGCCAGAGUUGGAUAUCAGAGCAUCAGAGAAGCCCAUUUUGGUUAAUUUUUCUAGUGUAAAGCCAAUGCCAAUGCCAAUGGCUAAGUGUGUCUACUUUAAUUUGGAUGGUGCAGUGGAAUUUGACAAUGUGAUUAGUGGAAAUAUUUGCAAGACUACCAAACAAGGCCAUUUUGCUAUAGUGGUUGAGUUCACUGCUGCUGAGCCAGAACCUGGCAGUGGAGGUAGUGGCAGUAGUAGUAAUGGCAAAAGUGGUGAUAGAAAAAAAUGGGUAAUUUUUGGAUCAGUGGUUGGCGGAUUUGUGGCUUUGGUUUUCUUGGUUUUAUUGAUUGCUUGUGUAAACAAGUGUGAUAAGCAGAAAAAGAUUGGGAGAAUGGAAGAGGCAGCAGAAAGAGGUGUGCCAUUGCUGAUGACAAGAGUUGGGAAUACUAAGGCACCAGUGGCUUCACAGACUCGUACAAGACCUUUGUUAGAGAAUGAAUAUCUGCCAUAGAUCAUACUCAUUUAAUUCAAUUCUUUUCUGCACUUUGAUUUUGUAUCUUUGAAUUCUGGUGUACAUUCUAUUUUCUUUGUUUUACCACCUUUGAUGAAUACCAUCUUAGACUUUGCUA